CGCCACACAGGAUUAUUCCACCUUUAACUGGCAUUUGCAUUCAUCGUCGUGGCUCUAUCUGUCGGAAGCGUCCUUCACUGUUCCCAGAGAAUCUUGGUUGAUUGUUGAUCAACGACUUCGAUUCGUCGGAAAAUUCACACUAAAUCGCUAUGCAAUCCGAAUAUGAAAUUAAUACUCUAAAACAAGAAGCUCAGGUUCGUUGGUUGAAACCUCCUGAGGUACACUUCAUAUUGAAGAAUUAUGAGAGAUAUCAGCUAACGCAUAAGGCUCCUCAAAAGCCUAUAAGUGGAUCUUUGCUUCUUUUCAAUAGAAGGGUUCUUAAAUUCUUCCGUAAAGAUGGCCAUCAAUGGCGGAAAAAGAGAGAUGGGAGAGCUAUUGCAGAAGCUCACGAACGACUUAAGGUGGGUAACGCUGAGGCUUUGAAUUGUUAUUAUGCACAUGGAGAGCAUGACCCUACUUUUCAGAGGCGUAUCUACUGGAUGCUAGAUCCGGAAUACGACCAUAUUGUUCUUGUUCAUUACAGAGAUAUAACCGAGGGAAAAGAGGGGAAGCAAACUAAUGGAACCGUUUUGCAGUUUUCACCAAAUCCUUCGACUCUCUUUUCAAGUCCAAGCUCCAUUGGGACUCAGAACGUAAGCUACAAUCACUACGUUGGUGAUUCCACCGACAUACAACAUCACCAUUCAUCUACUUCUCCGGGCACAACAGAGGUUAACUCCGACGUUGUGUUCAAGAGUAACGGAGUUGAGACACCAGAAGGAAGUGGAAGCUCCUUUGAGUUCGAGAAGAGGCAGGCUUUGAAGAGGCUUGAGGAACAACUGAGUCUCGGUGAUGAUAAUGGUAACUCUGUAGAUCCACUCAACACCCAAAACGAAAGCUUGGAUAGUCUCCAGUUUCUAGAGUUUAGUGGAGACAUCGAUCACCACCUUGCUCAGCCGGAAACUGUAUACCGGAGACCGGAGCAUAACAGGCUAGGGAGAUGCUACGGAGGGUACGUUGGAGCCCAGUAUAAUGCUAACACUGUAGAGCCACUCUACACUCAAAACGAAAGCUUGGAUAGUCUCCUUUCUAUAGAGUUUAGUAAAGACAUUGAUCUCCUUGCUCAGCCGGAAACUGUACAUCAGAGAACAGAGAAUAACAGGCUAGGGAGAUGUUACGGAGGGUAUGUCGGAGCCCAGUAUCAUUCUAACAAUCUCAUGCUCGUAAAGAAUGAUUCAGGUGGUAAAGGAGGGAGUGGAGAUCAAGAGUCUGAAUCUUGGAAAAAGGUCCUGGAGGCAUGCGACGCUUCUAUAGCUCUUAACUCUGAGGGAAGCACACCAAGUUCUUCGAAAGCUUUGCUAUCUGGAAUGCAGGAAGAUUCAAGCUGGAGUUACGGAAACCAUGUUGACCAAUCUACAUUGUUGUUGCCUCAAGAUCUUGCUCCUUUCGAACUUCCUGCUUGUUAUCCUGAGCUAGGAGCUCCGGAGAAUAACACCGAGUACUGUAGAAUGAUGGACAAUGAAGGAAAAAUGGGACUGCCUCUCGAGCAAGAAAUGAGACAGCAGAAGUUUACUAUCCAGGAGAUAUCACCAGAGUGGGGUUACGCUAAUGAAACUACAAAGGUGAUAAUCAUUGGAUCAUUUCUCUGUGAUCCAAGAGAAACUACAUGGUCUUGCAUGUUUGGGAGUGUUUCAGUUCCUUUUGAGAUCAUCAAGGAAGGUGUUCUUCGUUGUGAAGCUCCUCCAUGUGUCCCUGGAAAAGUCAACCUAUGCAUAACUUCUGGAGAUGGACUCUCGUGUAGUCAAAUAAAGGAGUUUGAGUAUCGUGUUAAGCCUGACACAUCUUCCCCUAAGUGCAGUCCAGACGAGCUUUUAUUACUAGUAAGGUUUGUGCAAACGCUUCUAUCGGACAGAGAAAGUAACCAAGACUCUGGCACUGAUAACUUGUUGAAGAAACUAAAAGCUGAUGAUGAACAAUGGAGCCGUACCAUAGACGCGAUUCUAGAUGGCACCGCAACAUCGUGGAGCACAGUUGAUUGGCUUCUACAAGAACUGCUUAAAGACAAGCUGGACGCGUGGCUGUCUUCAAGAUCCCAAGAUGAAAUUCACUUUUCUUGUUCUUUGUCAAAGCAAGAACAAGGCAUUAUCCAUAUGGUUGCAGGGCUUGGCUUCGAGUGGGCACUUUAUCCGAUUCUUGAUCAUGGCGUCGGUGUGGAUUUUCGUGAUAUUAACGGAUGGAGCGCUCUUCAUUGGGCUGCAAGAUUCGGGAGUGAAAAAAUGGUGGCUGCACUUAUAGCUUCAGGUGCAUCAGCAGGAGCAGUGACUGAUCCCAACGCGCAAGACCCGGUUGGUAAAACCGCGGCUUCGAUAGCUGCCUCUAAUGGACACAAGGGUCUCGCAGGUUAUCUAUCAGAGGUGGCUUUAACAAACCAUCUCUCAUCGCUCACGCUUGAAGAAACCGAAACCGCUAAGGACUCAGCUCAAGCGCAAGCGGAGAGAACCGUGAACUCCAUCUCAGGACAGAGCUCUCCUGGUAACGAGGAUCCACACUCGAUGAAAGACACACUUGCUGCGGUGAGAAACGCGGCUCAAGCAGCCGCGAGAAUCCAGGCAGCGUUCCGUGCGCAUUCGUUUAGGAAGAGACAGCAGAGAGAAGCGGCUGUGGCUGCUUGCUUUCAGGAGUAUGGGAUCUAUGCAGGUAUCGAAGAAAUCUCUGCCAUGUCGAAGCGAACGUUUGGAAACGUCAAAAACUACCAUUCAGCAGCUGUAUCUAUCCAGAAGAAGUACCGUGGCUACAAAGACCGUAAAGAUUUUCUUGCUAAGCGCCAGAAAGUUGUCAAGAUACAGGCUCAUGUUAGAGGUUACCAGAUAAGGAAGCAUUACAAGGUUAUCUGCUGGGCGGUAGGGAUUUUGGAUAAGGUUGUAUUGAGGUGGAGAAGAAAAGGUGCUGGGCUAAAAGGGUUCAGGCAAGACGUGGAAGCUACAGAGGAGGACAGUGAAGACGAAGACAUUCUCAAGGUGUUCCGUAAGCAGAAAGUAGACGGAGCGGUGAACGAGGCUUUCUCUCGUGUUCUGUCUAUGGCGAGUUCUCCGGAGGCUCGCCAGCAAUACCACCGUGUGCUCAAGAGAUACUGUCAGACAAAGGCUGAGCUUGGGAAAACAGAGACAUUAGGAACUGUUGGUGAUGAUGAAGAUGCGUUGUUCGACAUUGCUGAUAUGGAAUAUGACAAUCUGUUUGCGCUGCGUUGAAGAGGAAAGGAAAAGUGGAUAACAAAAAAAAAAAAGAAAAAAAAGUGGAUUUAGAGGUUUUAAUAAUAAUAGUAUGUAGAGAGAUUUAUGAAGUUUCAAGAGUGAAGUAGUUUUAUAGAGUUGCAGAGAAGAAGGAAAAAAGUGUUUGUUAAGUAGUGUCUGUAAACGAUUUUCUUAUUUGUGCUAAUUUUAUUAUUAGCUUAAAAUGGAUCUUCUUGUAAAAACAAUGUAAAUACUGUACAAAUUUGUGAUUUUUUUUUAUGUCGGCAAUGAUAUAUAUAUAUAUAUAUAUAUAUAUAUAUAUAUAUGCAAACGACAAAAAAUGGAAAUCCAAAGUCAAUCGAUGCAAAUUUG